UCGCCAAUAGUUUUUUAAUGCCAAAACAUUUUAAUUAACAGUUACAUUUUUGGACUAGCAGCCGACCUUCCUAUCGGAAAAUACCUCUUUGUGCGCGUGCGCUACAGGAAACGGGGAUAUCAACAUGGCUUCAAUACGACCAGAUAUGGAGGGUAGUCACCAGAUCAAGUUGCCAGAGGGGAACUUUGGAGUUCCAGAUGUUAUGUUACAUGGGUUCCAGAAUGCCCAGAAAGGAAACAGUGCCGUUCAUCCAUUGGAAUACUCGGAAAAACAUUGGCAUGAGAAUAAGAUGGCCAUGGAUUUUGGCAUGCUGAGGAACAUACAGGGUAUUCAUGCACCACUCAGGCUCCAGAUGGAACACAGCAUUGUCAGAAAGAUGAAGCGUUUACCGGGACUACCCAGCUCUAAUGUGUUGGAAGACAGUCUUACAGGCAGAGAUGAGAUGUUAGAAUUUGAUGAUAUAUUUAACUAUGGGGAUGAGAGAAUGACCCUGCAGAUGCCUCACAUACAGAUAGAGAAGGACCUUAAACUACUGUGAUCUUCAUCAAACAUUGUAUGCUGCUUGAAUGGAACAGUCGUAAAAAUGUGAAACUUGACAUUAAUUAUUGUGUGAAUGGUCCAGUUACAUACAUCAAUAUUCAUUUAACAUAAAGUGAAUAAAAUAUUGCUGUCUUGUUUUGAAAUUUUGAAAAUGUGAUUGUCAUCUGGAAUUGAAAAGCAAUUGUUGCAAUUAUCUGGCAUAAACUGUGUAUACACUUAAAUAUACUUAAUAUAAUUAUUUUAUGAACACAGUGCUAAAAUGACUUUUUAAAGUGCUAUAUUGUACAUAACUCAAAAUCUUCAUGCUUUUGUCAGUUAGUUAGUUACAGUAUUUUGAGGAAAUUAAGAACUUUGGAACUUGCAACUUGCAGACUUCCUCAUGUAUUGUUUUAAUUAAUGUAAAUUACUUAUGUCCUUGGUUUUUUUCCAGGCUUUUCUCAGCUCUGCAGUUUCUGUAAAUUCUUCAUUUGAAGAAAUAAAUUAUGUCUGUUUAACCAAUUUGUGAUAUUUGUAAUCAAAGAAAAUUGAAGCGUGCAGAUUCGAGCAUGAAUUAAUUGAUCUGGUUUUUGAAGUGUCUUAAUUGGCAGCUGCCUGCAGUUAUGCAGGAAGGAAACUGUUUAUUGGUUUACACCUGUAUUUUGAAGAUUAUCAUUAUUUACUGUAAAAAAAGAUUUUACAGGAAGUAUGAGGGCUUUUUUUGGAAGAUUAAGAUUUGGGUAUCUGCAUGUUUUGGAAUUUUUGCUUUUGAAAAACACUAGGAUAAAGAUACCUGAUAAAUUCAUUGAUAGUUGCUGUUUGGUAAAUGUGCUGGUAUGUGUUUUUGAGUUCUGAAAUAGAUGUUUGCAGUCCAGUGUAAAUGUGUACACAUAAAAUGCGUUAGAAUUUUAAUUAGUUGGCAUGGCUGACACUCAUGAAAAUCAGUUACUUAUACAAGUAUGAGGUCACAACUUCUCUCAUUAUCAUUGAUGGUUCAGACUUAAAAAAUAAAUAGAAAUAGGAAAAGUAAGAAGUAUUUUGAGCUGAAAUGCUGUAAAUGCCGAUUGUAUUGACCAUAAGAAUAGUGGAACUUUUACAGGCUAUCUUACACACUGAAAGAAUCUUCAGUCAUUUUGUCUUUUCAACAUUAUUUAUCCAUCUUUUAUUAAGAAUGUGUAUUUAAUAAACAAUUACACAUUGAA